AUGUUCCACAACAUUUUCGUGCUAUUGAUAAGUAUCAACUUUCUAUUAUGUGUGCAAAUAAAAUUUUAUUAUAAACCAAAAAAUAUACAUUUUUAUCUUCUUCCAUAUACAAAAGAAAAUAGAUAUGCAUUUAAAAGUAAGGAGUUGACAAAAAAAAAAAAUUACUUAUCUAUAAAAAAUAAAAAAUAUGGUUGUAAUGAAUUGUUUUAUCAAAAAGAUGAUGAAGUAGGUGAAGAGAAAGAUAACACAAUUGACGAUGAAAAGAUGAAUGACAAGAUGAAUGACAAGAUGAAUGACAAGAUGAGUGAUAAGACGAAUGAAAAGAUGAAUGAAAAGAUGAAUGACAAGACUAAUGAUGAAGUAUAUGAAACGUUUGAUGAAUAUUUUAAUAAAAGAGCAGAAGAAAAUUAUACUAAAUUAGAAGGAGAAAAAUUAAAAAUAUUAAAAGAAAAUACACACACAAAUAAAGAUGAAAUAAGAGAUGCUUUAAAAAAAACUUAUAAAAAUGAAUACAAUAAAUUAAUUAAAGAAGAUGAAGAAGAUGAACAAAUUAGUCAAGCUGUUUAUGAAAAUAUUAAAAUUACAUUUCUUAUGAAAGAAAAUAUUAACAAUUUUUUAUUUACACAAUAUAGUUAUAUGAUUAAUAAAUUGAAAGAAAAAUCGGUGAUUAUCAAAAAUUUAAAAAAAUUUUAUAACAAAGGUGGAGAUGAAAAUAAAAAGGAUGAUAUAACUAAAAAGGAUGAUAUAACAAAAAAGGAUGAUAUAACUAAAAAGGAUGAUAUAAAUAAUAAUGAUGAUAUAACAAAAAAGGAUGAUAUAACUAAAAAGGAUGAUAUAACUAAUAAUGAUGAUGCAAAUCAAAUAAAUUGUGCCUAUCAAAAUAAUAAUACAAAUUAUCAUGAGACCACAUAUAAUGAAAAGAAUAGUAAUAAUAAUGCAUCAGAACCUUUGACAAAUGAACUAAAUAAUAUAAAGAACCCAUUUUAUCAUAACAAAUUUGUUGAUAAAUAUUUCCUCAAUAAUGAUUCUAAAUAUAAAGAAGAAAAUAAAUCUAAGGAUCAUUUAAAAGAUAUUAUUGAGAAUGUGAGUUUUUUUAAACCAGAAGAAAACUAUGAACAAACAAGAAACUGUCGAACAUUUAGUGAUCAAAUAUUUGCUAACGUAAAAAUUAAAGGUGAUUAUAUUUUAAAUAAUUUAAGAAAAGAUAAGGAAGACGACACAAAUGACAAUAAAAAUAAUAAUAUAUUUACACACGAUGAUAUUAUAAGUAAUGAUAAUAAUAAUGAUUAUAGUAGUGAUGAAAGUACGGCAUUGUUUUUAAAAAAUAAUGUUUGCCCCUUACAGUUAUUAAAAGAUAAUGUAAGAACAUUUUUAAAUUAUAAAAAAGAAAAUAUUAUAAAAAGUAAUAUACAUGAAGAUUUAUUAUAUGGUAGAGUUAAAGUUCAUUGGUUUCCAAAAUUUAUGAAAAGAGUUAUAACAAAAAUACCAGAUUAUAUAAAAGUUAGUGAUAUAAUUAUAGAAGUUAGAAAUGGUAUUAUUCCUUUUGUUUUUGAUGAUCUGUUUGCUUUAAAUAUAUUUGAUAUACAUACAAAUAAACCUCGUAUUAUUGUUUAUACAAAUUCUGAUAAAUCUUCUUUAAAAGCUAAUGAAGAGUGGGGUAAUUACUAUCGAAGGAAAUUAUUUUGGAGUGAUAAAAAAUUUAAUAAAAAUAUUAAUAAACAAUAUUUAAAUCAAAUGAAAAAAAGUGCAGUAAUUUUUCUUGAUGCAAAAAAUGGAAAAAAAGAAAUUAUUGUUCUAAAAAAACUAAUUAAUAGAUUAUGUCAUCAUAUAAUUGAAAAUAAAAAAAAAAAAGGAAUACAUAAUUAUAAAGUUAAAUGUAUUUUUAUAGGAUUACCAAAUGUUGGAAAAUCUGCACUUAUCAAUAGAAUCCUAGAAAUUAAAAAAGCAAAAUCAUAUGAUAACCCAGGUCUAACUACUAAUAUACAAAUGUAUUCAAAUAAAAAAUAUGAACUUAUAGAUACACCUGGAAUUUUAGCUCAAAAUCUAUAUAAAAUAAGAGAAAAAAGUUUUAAUAAAAAUAAUAUCAUAUUAGAUCAUAUUUAUAAUCAUAAUUCAAAUCAACAUUCAAAUGAUAAUGUUGUAACUAUUAAAAAUUAUAAUAAAUAUAUGCAUAUAGAAAAUAAUAUCUAUCUUUUAGCCUUAUGUAAUCAUAUAUCACCAAAAAUGUAUGAUGUUUAUAAUAUUGCAGAGACAUUAAUGCAAAAUAUUUAUGAUGCAUAUCAAUAUGAUAAUGAUUAUAUAGAUUUACAAAAAAUUAUCAAAAGAUAUCAAAUUAAUUUCACAGAUUGUAUAAACUCACAAGGAAAUUUCUCACCUUAUCAUUUCAUACAAAAAUUAGCAAGAGAUAAAUGUCAUAAUGAUAUAAAUCAAGCAUCCAUGAGAUUAGUAACAGAUUUCAGAAAAAAUUAUCUCGGAAGAAUAACCUUAAAUUAUCCACUCUAUUUUAAUAAAAAAUCUAUAACACUUAAACAAUCCAAAAAUUUUGAAAACCAAAAAUAUGACAAAUAUAUAGGAUGGUAA